AUGGAGAAUCCUGAUUUUAUAUUAUUCACUGACAGUUCAUAUCUUCGAGGACCGCAUGGAAAGUACCAGCCUGGUUAUGCUGUCAUUCCUCCAAUGUCAAUCCUUGAAAAUGGUCCCUUACACAACACCUAUUCUGCCCAACAGGCUGAAUUAAUAGCACUAACAAGAGCCUGCCAGUUGGCAAAAGAGAAGUCCACUAACAUUUAUACUGACAGCCGCUAUGCUUUUGGGGUAACUCAUGACUUUGGCAUGCUUUGGAAACAAAGGGGAUUUUUAACAUCCUCAGGACAGCGUGUUAAAAGUGGGAGACAAGUUGCAGAAUUAUUGGAUGCAAUUUUGCUACCAUGUGCAUUAGCUAUUAUUAAGAUAUCAGGUCAUUCAAAGGCUGACACCACAGAAGCAAAAGGAAACUCAUUAGCUGAUCAGGCCGCCAAAGACAGCAGCUCUGCAAAAAAUAAAACGGUCAACUAA